AUGAUACAUCUCUUCGUCGAAGUCUCCUACCAUGAUGUGCUGGCAAUCGUUUGCACGUUUGUGCUCGGCACGCUUUCCGUCAUCACAAAUUCGAUAGCCUUGCGCAUGAUUUGGAAGCAGGAACAACUGGUGCUGGUGGUUCGCCUUUAUCUGGUUGCCGAGCAGCUAUCACGGCUACUGAUGACGAUUUGUGCGUUCUACAACUUACCAGCAUCAUUCGUACGCUUUGACCCGGAUCCGGAUGACUGGUAUCUGAACUUUGACGAGCGGAUCACCGACUAUGAAUUUAACCAGGAUGACCCGCUGUAUCCAGAGGUCGCUUCUAUGAUCGGACAUUGCAGCAGCCCUACGCGCAGAUACUCU